AUGGAUUUCUUCUUCUUCGACAAAGCAGAGAAGCUUUCCACUCCCAUUCCCCGCUGCAAUCUCCUCCAAAUCUUCUCCAAGUUCUUCCGUGUUCUAGAACUUUCCUUCCUCCUCCUCUCCCUCUCAUGGAUCUUCUCUCGCCUUCCCAUCGCCCUCAGAAUCUCCGCCGACUAUUUCACUAAACUCUUCGCCUUCAUCGCCACUCCUCUCUUCGGUUUCCUCCUCUGCAACGCCAUCAUCGUCGCUCUCGUAGCCAAGCCUUCUCAAUUCUCACGCCCCGCCACUUCUGAUCAAACCGAUCGGAUUUAUGAAGACCUCAUUGAAAACACCGGAACCGGAUCGGACUUAACUGAUUCUGCCUCGGAGGAAGUGGAGGAGAUUGUGUACCAGGACAAAGAAAUCAUUGCGGAGGGGAGGGUUGGUUCAAAUUAUUCAACCGAUUGUGAAAUUGAACUGAAGAACACGGAUCUGGAGUCGGACUCGGGAUUAGAUCACUCUAAAGUGAUUUUGAGGAGUUUGUCGGAGAAACUUAACCGAGAAUGUGUGAAAACGCAGAGUGAGAAGCUUCGACGAUCGGAGACAGAGAAGUGCCGGAAUCUGGAGUAUUCGAAUGACAUUUUAUAUUACCAGGAUGAUUUGAGUAGUGAGGAAUUUCAGAGAAAGAUUGAGGCGUUUAUAGCUAAAGAGAAGAAGUUUCGUCGGGAAGAAUCUUCCGCCAUUGUUGUUCUUCAUUGCGACGGUUAA